GCUUCGCCUGGCAGACGCAGGCAGUCCUUCUCUCCAGUUGCCCACCCAUCAAUCUGUCUCUCGGCUCUCAGUCUGACGUCUUUGACCGAAAAAAAAGCCGAGAUGUAGAGCACGGACAUGGAGACCGCAGCGGAGUGGGGCUUUCUGCUUCUACCCUCGGAGGCGACCCAAAAACUCAGCGGAGAAAAGGCGCCGGAGAUGCAAACAGCGGUUUUCAGCGGCUUUAUCAUCGCAGUGACGCUCUUCUUCCUCUGCAUCAACCAACACAGAUGCCCGGCUUGAGAAGUUACAGAGAAACCGCGGAUAAAUCCUCUAAGUCGCCCCCAUCCUCUUCAGUUUUCAGUAAGCGCUCUCAGCUGCAGGACUCUGCGCUGGUGAGCCCACUCCUCUGUGACCUCAGCAAGAAACUCCUCAUCAGCUCUAAGAAGCGGCAGAAGGAUAACCAGACAGAGGUAAUGGUGUUGUCUGCCUCAGCUUCCUGGUCUUCUUUAGAGCUGCGUGUACUCUAUGUGCAGGUCUGGACAACUAUGCAGGAAUCUUUCUCAUCUAAGAUCAAGACUUCUGACGAAUGAGUUGCCAAUGUAAGUCCCUUGGCUGAACUCAGGACUUAGCUGGAAUCACAUUGAAGGCAGUCUGUUCUCUCCACUUGGUUUGGAGGUCUUCUAGAGGGUUUUGCCUCCUUGCCAUCAUGAAGGGGUUGGGGACCAACCGUAACAGACAUCUGUCUGAGUCUUGUGAUCCCUCUCUUAAUCAUCCAGAGGUUCUCUACCACCAGAAGACCAGCACACUGCCACGCAGCCCUUACCUGCUUAGCCCCACAAUGGACCACUAUGGCACCAUGGACCCCCACCUUUAUCCUUCCGCCAAUCCAGGCUCCCUUCCAGCAGACUGCAUGCUGUCCCUUAACAAUCAGCUUUCCAAUAGCAGCACUUUUCCUAAUAUUCACUAUAAUUCCUACGACCAGUCCGAUUUCUCUCCUCCUGGGGACAGUAUUGGAGGGAUAGGCACAGGCACCAUGGGGACAUCUUUGUCAAUGGGGAUGGCAUCAGGUAUGGCCAUGUCAGGGCUGAGUGGAAGAACACCUAUGAUUACAAGUGGCUCUGCAACUAUAUCUCACCAUAUUACUAAGAAUCAAACGCCGCCCAGUCUGCUGGAUUUUGAGAAGCAGCUACCAGGAGGUCGUGACGGAUUCAGCACUUUGCAGUUUCAUCGAACGUCCGCUGCUGUUGCUGCCAAGCAGCGAACAGACAGCCCUGGUCGCAUUCGUUACAUGCUGCACUCAGUGCAGAAACUCUUUGCAAAGUCCCAGUCGCUGGAGAGCCACAACAUGAAGGGAAAUGUGAACGGAAGAUCUACUGGCAGCGGUGGAGGCACUUCUUCUGGCACUGAGGACGGAGGGAAGCAUAAUCGCAGAUCCAAAAGUAAAGAUCGUGUUACAAAGUCAGAGGCAACUGCUAAGAGACGGCCAAGAUCCAACAUGUCAGGGUACUGGAGCUCAGAUGAUUUGGACAGCAGUGAUUUGAGCAGCUACCAUAAUACUAUGACCAUGAUGACCCUGGGGCGUCCUAGUGGUCACGAAACCCUAAGUGGUCAGAGUAAAUACAUCCACAGUGGCUAUAACACAAUCAGUUCCUCUAAAAGCAGCAAUGACAUGAAAUAUCCUGCACUUCCUGGUCCAGGGGAUAUAGGAGGUGGUGGACUUAGUGGACCAGUAGGGAUGCUGAUAAAUGAUGCCGAGUAUGUGAAAGGAGGGUCUUGGUCCACACUGACGAUGGGCCAACCAAGACAGGUGCUUCAGAAGGGCUCAACUACUCUGGACAGGUCAAUGCUCAAGUCCAAGUCCUGCCAACAGGAGUUAACUUGUAACUAUCUGCAGGUUGCACGCAGGGGGGAUUGGAGUAGCUCAUUAGGUCGCAGUGCGGGUUUUAAUGAGAUCCCAUGUCGGCGGAUGCGCAGUGGUAGCUAUGUAAAGGCCAUGGGAGACAUGGAAGACAGUGACGACUCCGAAGGAAGCCCUAAACCCUCGCCCAAAAGUGCUGCUCGUCGUCAGAGCUACCUCAGGGCCACACAGCAGUCGCUAAGUGACCAGCUACCCCCACGCAACAGCAGAACCUUGGAUUUCACAUUGUUGCAGGGGGAGCUGGACGCCCUGUGGUCUCCACUCCACAGCAUGUCCUCUUUGCACCAGCUGGACAGGUCAAUGAGCAGCUGUCUUCCAUCGCUCAGAGAAAUUUCAAAUAAUCGCAGCCUGGACAAUCUGGACUGUAUUGGAGGACCAGGAGAUUUGGCACCAUGGGAGGAAGACAGCUUCAGCCAGGCCUGCAGCACCUUGGGCAGACGUAGUUGCAUGGGACAGUUGCGAGACCUGGAAAAAAGUCAUCAUUAUGGAGGCAGAAGUUCAGAGUCCACCUUCAGAGAUUCCCAUUCUCAAGACAUCUUGGAGCCUCCAGACAUGCCCAUGCCAACAUGCUUCCGAUCCCGCAGUCACAGCUACCUAAGAGCUAUCCAGGCUGGCUGUUCCCAAGAUGACGACACCGCUUCCAUAGACUCAGGCUGCUCUCCACCUCCAACUGACUCCUCUGUUCGUACAUACGGCACUAGCACUGACGACCUUUCUACACAAUGGAAGACAUGGAAAGAACAGUUUGCCUCUUACCUGAUAGCCACUGGCUUGGACAAAGCUCCAAAGGAGAAACAACUUGCAAUUUUUCUUCAGCGUUUUGGAACAGAUAGACCACGCAUCCUACCCACACACACAGUCUCUACAUGCAUUACAAGCUGUAAGAAGGUCGCUCCUCCACCAGUGCCUCCGCGCACAACCUCCAAGCCCUACAUAUCGGUGACAGUGCAAAGCAGCACAGAGUCGGCGCAGGACAACUACUUGGACCAGCAGGAUAGGAGGUCAGAGGUCAACAGCCAGUCAAGCCACGCUCACAGCAACUCCUCUGACAGCCUUGACAGCACCCGUGCCAACAGCCUGGCCCGGGGUAUUCCUCGUCCCCCGCACAUCAUCCCUAUUCCCGUUGCUACACCAAGGGAUCCAAUCAUCCCUAGCACCGCCAAUGCUUCCACCGAGACAAGUGACUCGGUAGUCCACAAUGAAACUCUGAAAUCAGGAUCUAGUAAAGGGAAUUUAGCAGCAGAGGAACCUUUUGUAGUCCAGGUACCAAGGCGGAAACUGUCUUCUAUUGGGAUACAGGUCGACUGCAUUCAGGAAGUUCCGAGAGAGGAGACCCCGCCUCUGGCCAAAUUUCAGUCAAUAGGAGUACAGGUGGAGGACGGGUGGCAACUCAGUCGCUCCAGCAGUAUGGCCUCAAAACAAGAAACAGACUCAGACACACAGGAUAUCUCUGCCAUAUCUCAUAUCAGUAUUGCCAAAAACUUUGAGAAAAAAAUCAUGGUCAACAGUGCCAGUCAGUCAAUGAGCUCCCCUCCUGGACAAUACUCUUUAGACAACGGAGAGCCAACUGGUGACUCCUCCCCACCACCUCCCAGGCAGAUCCUCAAUCGCUCCACCACACGGAGCAGCUCCUCAUCUUUUUCUGAAAGCCUGGAUCCAGCACUGGACCCCUCAUCUCUGCCACCCCCGGACCCCUGGCUUGAUAGCGGAAACGGUAACAACGGAGGCAUCUCCGAGAGUGGAGGAGGCGGUACGCUGUGCAGGAGAGACGGCCACUGGUUCCUGAAGCUGCUGCAUGCUGAGACUGCACGCAUGGAAGGUUGGUGCCAACAGAUGGAGCAGGAAACCAAAGACAACCAACUCUCAGAGGACGUGCUGGGGAAAGUUCGCAGUGCAGUUGGAAGUGCUCAGCUCCUAAUGUCCCAAAAGUUCCAGCAGUUCCGGGGACUUUGUGAACAAAACCUGAAUGUGACUGCCAACCCACGGCCCACAGCCCAGGACCUGGCUGGCUUCUGGGACCUGCUGCAGCUAUCUAUCGAAGACAUUAGCCUCAAGUUUGAUGAGCUCUACCAUCUCAAGUCCAAUGACUGGCAGCCCGUGCCGUCUACGGCCACCCAGUCGUCCCCUGAGCGGAAGAACGAGGACAAAGCAGCCCUUCCAGCAUCGAAGAAGCCAAGUAAGAUGCGACCAACGCUUGGCCGCGAAAAGAGCGCCGACUCUUUCUCAACUUCUUCAUCAGCCUCAGCAGAAAAGCAGAGACAAGAGGCUCGCAAACGCCUGCUGGCUGCCAAGAAGGCUGCAUCGUUUCGCCAGAACUCUGCCACGGAGAGCGCGGACAGCAUUGAAAUUUACGUCCCCGAGGCCCAAACUCGCCUCUGAGCGAAAGCGACAAGCAAGACGGAUCGCAGAACAGAUAAGUGUUGGACUGUGGAAACGAAAAAUGGAAAAAAAACAGGGAGGAUUUUGUUUCAAUGCUGAGUUAUGGAGAGUAACGACGGGUCUGUAGAGGAGCAAUGCCAGUGAAUGGGUGUUGUGAUAUUUUUAACAUAAUCAUAGGCUGGUCCUGGUUAAAUUGAUAAUGAAAUAUUUGUGAACCCAACAGACUAUAAAUGUAUGAAGCAGAAUAUUCCUCUCCUCAGGCUGUCAGGGAGGACCUCAGCUGAUCAACUUUAUCAUUUAAUUGUUACUUUUUCUUGAUAUAAAAAUUGUUAAUAAAGGUAUUAUUAUGACAACUAUAGGUUAAAACUCUUUAUGAAGACUGUUUUAAAAGUUCCUAUAUCUUUGCUAUAAGAUUUAUUAAGCAGACAGAAGAUAAGCACCAACGCUUCUGUCUCCCACUCUCUUUCUCUCUUCCCAGAUCACUGGCCAUUUGUAGCUUUGCACAGCACCUCCUUGUGGUCAUCACACAAGCUGCACACAUCCACCUAUAUAUGUCUUCCCUGUAUUUAGUUUUUCUUUAAUUGAUGGUUUGGGCUGGGUAAGAAUCAGUUUAGAUCAAGCUGUGCUGAAUGUUUUUGGUCUGAUGAAUCACAGAGACAGAUGUGAAGUUAUGUAGUUCCUACAGAUUUUUUUUUUUUUUUGUGUGUGUGUUUUUUUUUUUUGUGUCAGAAACAUCAGUUUCCUAAUGGUUUUAAAUGAAAGCACAUAUUAAACAAAGCCAGGCAUGUAGGUAUCAACUUUCAGGAUGGAUGUCCAUGUUUGUUUGUAGAAGGAAAAGUAGUUUCUGUUGCAUAUGUACAUUUAAGUGCUUUAAGUCAAAUAACUAAGCUUUGAAGGUAUGCAGAUGGACGAGCAUGCUGGUUGACAGCAGAGCAUGUUUGUUUUUUUGCGGUUUUCUACUACCAAAAUCCAAAAUGCAUCCAUCUUCACUUUGUCCAUCUUUCUUUCCUACUCUGCAAACAUAUAUGUCAUUUUUCUUUUAUCAUUUAUUCAGUGUUUGCUUUUUAUGUCUUUGAGGACUGUGAAAGCCAAAGAUAAGUUCACUGUUUUAAAUUCAGCUCAGAAGCUGGGGAACUCAACAGUUGACUGUGAAAACAGAUGGCAUUGGACUUUAGCCACAGCAACAUAUGUAGUGCAGAUUUAACAUUUGGAUAUAAGGCAGGAAGCUUCAACAGAACCGCCCAAUGUUGAGAACCAAAACACAGCCCUUUCUGACGCAGAGAGUUAAUGUAAUGGAAAAGAAUUGUUUCCGACCUCAGGAGGGCAACAGUGGCAACAUGUCGAACCAGCACUCAGUUAUCACCUGGAAUGAAAAAAAAAUCCACAGCGUUCUUCCUGACCUGUCAGCGGUGUUCCUUGGUGCUUAUGAUGCGGUUUGUUCACUGAUGUUUUCUGACAGACCUCUGAGGCCAGCUGCAUUUAUACUGAAAUUAAAUCACUCUCAGAAGGAUUUUAUUUACUGAUUGAGGCAUCAGUAUCAGAGUAACGUAAGAAAAUAUUUAAAAAAAUUAUUUUCCCUCCACUUUACAAUUAUGCACUACUUCCUGAGACCCCAAUACAAUAUGGUGCAUUUUGUCUCUGUAACCUGACAAAAUGGGAAAAAGUCAGUAGAAUAUGGCAUUUAUAUUUUGCCUAAAUUCACUUUGAAGCUUGACAACGUAUGAAGCAAAACAUCUCCAUUUCUCACUGUAAAUUCCUCUAGUGAGCCGUCUCUGCCCAGCCAUACAGUCGACGACGGCAUGUCUUAGAUCCGUCGUUGUUGUUGGAUGUCUUCCAAAUGUUAAUAAAGGACAAAACAAACUACUUUCCUGUCCCAAAUAGCUUGGUUAAAUGCUCGCACUGCAGCUCAUUUUCAUUUGUCUGCCGCAAAGCUUCUCUCUCAUAUACUGUGACCUAAUGUUGAGCCUCCUGCUUUGAAUUAGAAAAGCCCAACAAGCACCAGUCGUCAAAUGGUGUUAGUAAGAGCUUUCUCUUGAUGGCUGGCUUUUGUUUGUCUGUUGUGUUUGCCUGCUGUGGGUGACUAUCAGCAAGCAAUAUGGCUCAGGGGUGUCAAUAGCUAGUCCCCUGACUGCUGUCAAACCUCCCCCAUCCAUUUGACUGAAGAUUGGGCUGUCGUUAGCACCUGAAAGCCUUUUGUGUGAGUCAAAGGUGGCCAUUAGCUUCAUUUGAUUUUGGACUACCACAAAUAUAUAUUCCAAAAGUGUUGUUUUUUUUGUCAAAAUAAGCAUAUCUAGCUGUAUUUUAUCUGGGGAAACCAGUUAUUUAUACUCAACAGAUCUUAUUCACUCACUGCCAUAAAAGUUUCACUUUUUCUCUUCUGUUUUCCAUUUCACACACAUUUGCAGCCAUUUUCUUUUGCCCACCACCUUUGUAUAGAGUUGUCUGCCUUGAAUGCUGGUUAAACACAAUGUGGCAUUUAAAAACACACCAAAGAACAGAUGACAGGCAGAGGUUGCCAAUAGGUGUGUUUUUUCUGUCUUUUGGAUGCUUGUGAAAUACCAGAACACGGCAGAGGCUUCAAGAAACAAAGCAAACCUUAUCUUGUGCAUAUAAAGUAAUGCUUUUCUCCACACCUGGUGCCGAGACAGAGUUAGGCCUAUUUCCUGGGUAGUUAUCCAUUGGCCACAUAGUUGCUCUGUGGGGGUGGGGGUGGCUGUUGCUGUAAAGCCAGUGAUUUGGGGGUAAUAAUGAUCCUCUUCCAUUUGGGGUCGAUGCUUUCUACCAUUCAUUUCUUCCCCUUUUUUGUCUUGUCCUUUGUGACUCCUCUAGUUGUUCCUCCUACUGGUUAGUUCUAUGAUUUUGGGUGGAGGAGGACAUUUUUCAGUAUUUCACACAAAAAGAGUUUGCAUAGAACGAAAUAUAUUGUUCCUAGUUUUAUAAGUAUUUGGUUUUCCCCCCAAUUCUUGACUGCAUAUUUUAUUUCAUAAACUUGCUUCAUUUAUCUUUAUUACAUAUGGACAUGCCAAGAGCAAUAUCCUCUUUUAAUAUCAAUAAUUCAUCUUACAUUCUCUCUUCCCAUACAACCUCCUUCUGUUUUGCCGUGGUUUAAUUUAGCUCCAGAAGCUUUUUCAUAGACUGUACUUGUUGUUCGAAAUGAUUAAGUUCUGGAUUUCUUUUAAUAUAACAUCUGCGGUUAUAACACACGGAUGUUCCUGAACGACCGCUGUCUUUGGCAAUUAUCUGCUCUUGCCUAUAUGCAUGAGCAGCAACCUGUUUUUGUUAAUUUAAUUCAUUUUUGUUUCACAUUUCUUCUCCCCAAAAUGUGUCCUGUGUUUGUCAUUGGGUGCUGAAAAGUUGUCAAAUGUUUUAUCAUCCCUAAAACUUUGAUGCUCUCCAUAAGGAGCGUUGAAUCUGUAUAGAUCCAUUCUUUGUGUCAGAAGGAUCUACUUUACUUUUUGAUUCCUUACACUAAAAGCAUUUGUCAUAACAGGAAAAUGUAUUCACAUUUAAAGAUUGUUGCAUUUAGAUUAAGAGUUCUUUGGUUGUCUUUAAAAAUUUUGGCCACAUGAGGCAAAAUGCUUCAAAUCCUAGCAAAUUGUUUUCCUCAGCUGCAGCAAAAUAUUCUCCUUCACACACAUCUGAGAGUCUGUUAGCAAAAAAAAAACCCAAGUGAAACCUGAACAAGCGCUUUGUUCAUCUUGGCCGUGAAAUAAGGGAAGGGAUGAGGGACAGAGGCCAGGCUCAUUCCAGCAGAGAUAUGAUGUAGCAAAAAGUGUCUAAAAAUGAAUAUUUUAAUGAGGUAAGCACAUAUUUUAAUGACUAGAAUCUGUUCUUUAGAGUAUUAUAUAAGAUGUGUGUUAUCCAGCGGAGCGGAGCUGAAUGAAACAGGUUGUGCUGUGAGUGAGUAUGUGGGCCCGUUGUUUAAAGAGUUUUACCUUGAUUACUGUUCACUAAACUGUUAACAAUAAAGUAUGUGCAAUACAGAGUAAAUUGGGUUCUUUGCUAUGAAAAGGACACCAUCUUGCAUUUCUCCCCUUGUGCUUCUUACAGUUAUUGUCUGUAAAUAAGAAUUAAACCAGAUUAAAUAUUUCAUCUUUUACAAUGCUGUAAACCUGUUUAUACAGUUUCAAGGUGGUUCAUGUGUAUACUGCAGAGGCGCAAUGCUCAAUAAAGUGCACAAAAUACUUUCUCAAGCA